AUGCUUGGUGGGAAUUUGUGUCUUAUUUCGUCUGAGGAACAUAAUGGCAAGAUCCACUCCGAUGUCUCAUUCAUAAAGGUAGAAAUGGACGGCCUUUCCAACGACAAAGAGGAACAUGAUUUGCCGAACACCCUUCAUGCCGUCUUUGAUAGUGGUUUGUAUCCCGAUCUUGUUCAUCAGCGACUAAUCUCGGACUCUCCAAUUGGCUACUAUAUCACCGUCUUCUACUUCCGACACUUCAUCAAAAAUGAAGGGGUUGGGCCUACUGUUAUCUGA